AUGAAUGAACCAAGGCGAGACGUGGCAGCAACAACAGCAGACGUGGAAGCCACAACAGCAGACGUGGCAGCUACAACAGCAGACGUGGAAGCCACAACAGCAGACGUGGCAGCUACAACAGCAGACGUGGAAGCCACAACAGCAGACGUGGCAGCCACAACAGCAGACGUGGAAGCCACAACAGCAGACGUGGAAGCCACAACAGCAGACGUGGAAGCCACAACAGCAGACGUGGCAGCCACAACAGCAGACGUGGAAGCCACAACAGCAGACGUGGAAGCCACAACAGCAGACGUGGCAGCUACAACAGCAGACGUGGCAGCUACAACAGCAAACGUGGCAGCAACAACAACAAACGUGGCAGCAACAACAGCAGACGUGGCAGCUACAACAGCAGACGUGGCAGCUACAACAGCAGACGUGGAAGCCACAACAGCAGACGUGGCAGCUACAACAGCAGACGUGGCAGCAACAACAGCAGACGUGGAAGCCACAACAGCAGACGUGGCAGCUACAACAGCAGACGUGGAAGCCACAACAGCAGAAGUGGCAGCUACAACAGCAGACGUGGAAGCCACAACAGCAGACGUGGCAGCUACAACAGCAGACGUGGAAGCCACAACAGCAGACGUGGCAGCCACAACAGCAGACGUGGAAGCCACAACAGCAGACGUGGAAGCCACAACAGCAGACGUGGAAGCCACAACAGCAGACGUGGAAGCCACAACAGCAGACGUGGCAGCUACAACAGCAGACGUGGAAGCCACAACAGUAGACGUGGCAGCCACAACAGCAGACGUGGAAGCCACAACAGCAGACGUAGCAGCUACAACAGCAGACGUGGAAGCCACAACAGCAGACGUGGCAGCUACAACAGCAGACGUGGAAGCCACAACAGCAGACGUGGAAGCCACAACAGCAGACGUGGCAGCAGCAACAGCAGACACGUGGCAGCAACAACAGCAGACGUGGAAGCUACAACAGCAGACGUGGCAGCUGCAACAGUAUACACAGCAUCCACAACAGCAGACGUGGAAGCUACAACAGCAGACGUGGCAGCUACAACAGUAUACACAGCAUCCACAACAGCAGACGUGGCAGCUACAACAGCAGACGUGGCAGCUACAACAGCAGACGUGGCAGCCACAACAGCAGACGUGGCAGCUACAACAGCAGACGUGGCAGCUACAACAGCAGACGUGGCAGCUACAACAGCAGACGUGGCAGCUACAACAGCAGACGUGGCAGCUACAACAGCAGACGUGA